AUGUUGGCUGCAAUCAUGACCGCAAGUCUCCCGGACGAACUAUGGCUUCAAAUCCUGCACUAUCUCGAACCGCAAGAUGUCUGGCUCAACACCCAUAAAGUCAGCAGGCAACUCGAGUCAUGCAGCGAAGACAUCAUCAAGAACAAUUUGAUUCGUCACUUCACAAUCUCUCUCAGCUUCACUCUGGGGACUACUGAUAAGACGGUGCUAUAG